AAAAAGAGAGACAGAGAGAAAAAGGGGGAAUAAGAGAGGAGAGACGAAGAGAGGAGAGGGAUAAUUGGAAGGAACGAGACUUAAAAAAAAGAAAAGAAAAAAGAGAGAAAAAAAGAGAACAGACAGUCUGUUACUAAAUCAGGAAAAAUACGAGUUUUUUUUUCUGAAUAGGUGAUCUUCUUACACAAUUAGACACGUAUCCCCGAAGAAAAUCUCGACAUCACCCAAUCUUUUCCCUUCUGUUUCCCGAACGAAGGAAUAAGCAGAAAGCAGAGUGCUAAAAAAAUCGGAAAUAAUGACCGAAAAAUAGACUAGAGAAUUCGCAACAGCCAAUUUCCGCGAACAUUCCAGAAUUUUUCGAAUUCGCGCGCAAAUCCAGCCGAGUCGCGUGUUUCCAAGAUGGCGCCAAAGACGGCUUUCGAAAACGGACGAACGAACGAAAGAGAUAAAGAAAUAAUGCCAGUGAACUCUCUAACGCAUUCCUUAAGCCUUAUGGAACCUUUGAAAUACAUGAGUUUAUAUUCGGAGAUUAUUUGUACCAUUGCGUGAGAGAAAGAAAGAAAGAAAAAAAUUUGUGUGUGGAUUUCUUCCGUUAAUGAAUGUGCGAUCGUCUUUUGUUUUUUCCCGCGCUCGUUUAAUCUUUGCAUUCGAUCCUUAUAUAAAAAAAAAAAGACAAUGGCCGAGUACAAAUCAAAGGUAUACAGACACUCUUAAGUGACUUUUAAAUAAAGAUAUUCAGACUGGAUAACCCUCUCAAACCAAUCCUGAACUAAUAUGAAGCUAAAAGCAAAAAAGAGAACUUCUACCUAAACGGUGACCAAAAAAAAAAAAAAGGGUAAGGAAAUCGUGCUCAGAAAUUCGCCAAGAAAAAGAAAGAAAGAAAGAAAGAAAGAAAGAAAAAAGAAUUUACUCAUCUCCCCCAAAAGAAAAAAAUCCGAAUCAAGGCCAUGGGGAUCUCGCGAGGAAGUGGCGCGAUUCUUGCAUUCUCCUUCGUCAGCAGCAGCGCCUUUGGACAUGCUGACACCGCCCUGACAUGCUGACGUCGCCAUGAACGGGUCAGAGCAUCCCCGGCCGUUCGAGGCGGAGGACGUCGGCGCGGCCAAUGACACGGGGUCGCUGGCAGCCACCAACGCCAGUUUUUCGCUGUCAUCGGCUCCGUCCAGCGGGUGGGCGGCCGUGAGCCUGGCCACGCUGCAGGUGGGCGUGUUCGUGGUGGGCGUGCUGGGCAACGUGUCGGUGGCGGCGUCCGUGUGGCGGCGCGGCACGGGCGGCCAGCGGCAGCCGGGCUCGCACCGCCACUCGCUCCUGCUGUCGCUGGCGCUGGCGGACCUGCUGGUCAGCGUCCUGUGCCUGCCUGCCGCCGCCGUGCGCCUGCUGGCCCUGGCGUGGACGGCGCCGCCCGUGCUGUGCCCCCUGCUGGCCGCCGCGCAGAACACCGCCCACGCCGCCUCCACGCUGUCGCUGGCCCUGCUGGCGCUCGACCGCUACCUGUCCGUCCGCCGCCCCAAGCUGGCGCCGCGCGUGUCCGCCCUCACCGUCCGCCUGCUGGCGCUGCUGUGGCUGCUGGCCGCGCUGGCGGCGCUGCCCCGGGGCCUGGCGUCCCGCGUGCGGCCGCCGGGCGGCUUCUGCGGCGAGGCGUGGCCGGCGCCCUCCACCAGGAUCGCCUACCACGCCGCCGUGGCGCUCGUGGUGCACGUGCUGCCCUGCGCCGCCGUCGUGCUGUGUCACGCCGCCGUGGCCGCGUCGCUGCGGCGCCGCGGCCUGGAGGACACCCGGCUGAACCUGCGGCCGCGGCAGGUGAUCAUCAUGGCGCGCGACUGCAGCGUGGGCGGCGCCAACAACCACAAGAUCGUGGCGGCGGCGGCAUCGAGCGAGGAGGACUCGGACGCGCAGGAGGACGAGCGCGCCGCCAUGGACGUCCGCGAGGCCGCCCUGCAGGCCACGCGCGACGCCGGCCGCGGCAGGGGGCCGCAGCCGCCGCCCAGGGCCGCCGCGGCUAUGAAGCCGGCGCGGAACGUCCACACCAUCAUCCGCGCGCACCGCCGCAUGCGGCUGCGCGGCCCGCCCAACCCGCCCUCCAUCUUCACCUCGUACCGCGGCCACUCCGUCGAGACGCGGCGCCGCCUGGCGCGCCUGCUGGUGGCGCUGGGCGCCGUAUUCGCCGCCUGCUGGCUGCCCUACGUGGUAGCGCUGGUGGUGUGGGCGUGCCGGGACGCGCCCGCCACGCGCCACGCCCUCGAGGCCACGCUGGCGCUCGGCCACGCCCACUCGGCGGUCAACCCCGUGGUGUACUGGCUCAUGAACCGCGCCUUCCUCGCCUCCGUGCACCGCCUCCUGACCGCCCACCUGCGCUUCCCCAGCGGCCUCGCCUGCAGGGGCGGCUGCGCGCGCCCCGACUGCCUGGCGCGCCCGCCCGCGCCGCCCUGGGCCGGCAACUCGUCCACCAACGAGGACAACCUGGGCGCUUUCCACCCGAAGUACCUCAACCCGCACGCCCUCCGCCCGCAGGCGUCCCGCUGCACCUCGCACUACUUCCACUAG